GUUUGCCAAUCGUUCGGUUCAAAAUUCGGUGUAGUAACUGUGCUGUACUGAAGUUAGUGUUUGCAAAACCCCUUCUGUAUCUCGUGAAGUUGAUCUUUCAGUCGCAGAAUACCUAAGGCGGUGGUGAGAUCGGCAGGUGGUCGAGGUUUCUCCGGAAGCAGGCCCGGAUGUAACGCGCCCGAUCCAUCUGGUUGGCAGCCCACUGCUGUCCGUUGUUGUCGUUCUGCACUGCUGCGUUUUUCCGGUCGUCAUGGAUGCGGCCGAGGAUGGUGGUCAGACGCGCCAAAGAUAGAUUUUGGAGCUUCUCGGCGAUGCUGUUGUUCCCCGCCGCGGCGAACUGUGUGUCGUUCCGCGCCUGUGGAGACAGAAUCGAAAAAAUCCAUCCCUUCUGGUAGUCGUCGUCCACGUUCCCAGCGCCCCAGUGCACGUCAACGGUGUCAACCCGCUGCACGAUAGGUGCGCCGUUGAUACCCGCUGGGGGGGCAGGUUGUAAGUUUUGGUUCGCGGCGGGAGCGGGGGGUCCACCUGCACCACCGGCUCCUCCUCCACCAGCAACUCCUGCACCGCCAGCACCUCCUCCACCAGCAGCUCCUGCACCACCCGCAAUUCCUCCUCCGCCUCCGCCUCCGGCCGGCGGAAUAGGUCCGAAUCCUCCUGGCGGCGCGCCCGCACCUCCUCCGAAUCCUCCUCCUAGUCCCGGCGGGGGGCCGGCCAUGCCAACCGGAUAAACCUGUUGCUGUUGCGGGUACACCUGUUGGUGCGGUUGGUUUGGGUACAUCUGCUGCUGCUGAUGCAUCUGCUGCUGCUGAUGCAUCUGUUGCUGUUGGUACAUCUGCUGCGGCUGGUAGUACUGGUGCGGGAAUUGGUUUUGCUGUUGGAUCAUGCAUAGCAAUUUUUUGUGCAGCUUCUCGUGAGCCGCCACAACCAUGCUUUCCUCCAUGCAGACGAAGGCAUAUUUGCAAUCCAUAAAAGCUCCCGUCCUAUGAUUUUUGCUUCGCUACGGAAGCGGAGGCCAACGCCUUCGCCAGCGAUCUGCAGGUUUUCUGCCGCAUCGGGAUGGACUGCACCAGCGUGAGAAAUACGCAGGCCCAGCAGCUCUUCAGCGUGUUUGAUUCGCAGCUAGGAAAAGAGCUCUGCAGCCCCAUGAUGGAGCACGUGUUCCCCUUCGGCCGCUACACCAGCGCGGUGGACGGAGAAAACUACGCCUACAAACCGUUUGACCGCAUUAUCCGCAUGUGGCUCACUGAUGACGACUAUGAGGGCAUCAAUUUGAAGAAAAGGAAACUGGAGAACGGUGGGAGUGAAUUUCCAGAGACGAAUAUCGGCGAUACGGCAACCUGGCUCGACGUUGCGCGGACCGUGCUGUCGCGGCGGCUCGAAAUCGAGAAUAACGAGGACCUCCUCGCCCCUAUUGAGAUCCAGUGCUUUUUCGGCAACAAGACAAUCGAAGAGCUCAGACGCGAAAAGAAGAAAGAGCAAGAGGAAGCUAUGGCCUGCUCAGGCACUGCAGCAAUCUCACCUACCAACAUGAAAUAUAAAAGAGUGCAUGUGCAGGCAGUGGCUCGCGAGCACGAGUUUAGUAUAAAUGUUAUCUUGCUUCCACUGCCCAGUGUCUUGCGUUUGCAAAUGUUAUAGAAUAUGUCCUACGGCGACUUCAUAGUUUGGAGGGCGGAUUAAGGCGGCGUAAGUAUGCGGAGCCUUCAAACGGCUUGCAGAUCUGACUGACUGGUCAAAUUGUACUGCCUGAGCAUUCCAUAUGCGACGAAAAGGAGGUGGAGAUACAAAAGAUAUAAAGUACUCAAAGCUUUCGAUGUGCGACCGAGCAGGAUUUCGUCUCUUCGAGGUAUAGGACUGCAGGGAUUUUCUCUUCCUCCGAGCGGAAUUGAAUUUGCAAAUUAUUUCGGAUGAGCUGAAUCGGAAAAAAAAAUUAAUAUAUUUUCCAAACGCGCGGCAUUUUCAAGUAAUGUUGAUGGCAAGGAAAAAGACAGAGUAUGGUCGCGGGCCAGACAAGGAGACCUUCACUUCUUUGUUGUACUACAUUGAGCGCACUAUCGGUAUGGACUCCAUAUCGAUGGUCACCAAAGAGUGCGAGAGGCGAAACGCGGUUUAUUUUCUGCGAGAGAAAAUUUCUGCGAGAGAAAAAGACGGAAGAACUUCGAGAGAAAACAUGCGUGCAAAUGUCGACAACGACAUUCUCCCGAUGAUAAUGGGUCCUUCGCAGCUACAGACUGAAAAACAAUAAAACGCAGGCACUUCUUCUUCUAGCGACUCUGUAUUUGUGGAUGCUCGACUUCUACACCGCUAAAAUGAGGGGUUUUCGGGGAUCAUGCUAGAGCACCACAUGACUCCGAAAAAAGAGCAGGCUUUCAAGACUUCGGUCCCCGCGUGAAGGCGUGAGCGGUUUUUGCUGCCACUCCUGCAAAGCCUCACGGUAUGUUGUUUUUUUAAAUUUUUGUCAUGCAAAAGUGGUUAUACUGUGAUGAGCCAGUGAAGCCACGGUAGCAAUAGAUGCAUCACAAACAUGCUGUAGCAGAGAGCACUAUUGGGGUGUUCGCAUGACAAAUCAGUUCGAAAAAGCCCUACCUUUUUACCUCGAUGCAGCGACGAAGGAAGUGGUCACCAUCGGGGCACCGCUAUGGGACGCAAAUAUGUCUGGGUGAGGAAACUUGUGAUGCUGGACUGUGGAUGAUGGAAGGAAAACACUUUCGAAUGCAGCCAAGCAUGACAAGUUUGUAAAGCGCUUUUCCAUACAUAGUUCGCAUGAAGAACUACGUUUUUGUAUGUACAAAAAAGAGCACAACUUUCGCUGGUCAUGCGUAUACUAUAGAGACAUUUUGAUUGCACAGGAUCAGGAAUAUUUAGAAGACCAGCAUUACAAGUUCCACCUUGUUUCGCAUGUUUCAAGACCCAGACACCAGAUUUGCAGUGCAUAACCCCAAACCAAGUAUAAAAUGGAGUACGAUGCCUUCUACUACCGCAAGCCCCUGAUGCUCGGCAACGCGACGCACUGGUAUACAGAAUUUGGUUUUGUGGCUCUUCUUUUUGCAUGACAAAUGAAAUCUUGGAGACGGUUUAUGCAUGACAAAUUUUCAUACUCUAUCUUUUCUUGACAUUUUGUAGAUGCUAAUGUAAUUAUGCAACUUGUGCUUCUGCUUGAGUUGAGAAAGGGAGUUGAUUCAAUUGACUUUCGGUACCGAGAAAAAAACAACAACAGGACCGUCGUGGACCAGAAGCCGGAUCCUUUCUUAUGAAAGUGGUGCACAAAAAAAGCUCCCUCUGUGCCUAAUUUGCCAUGCCAAAUUCUACUUCUCACACAAGCCAAAUCAAACGUUUUGUAGAGCCAGCCCCAGGUGCUGCUUGACAAGCUGCACAUGAGCGACUUUUUAUGCGGAAUCGGACAUAGUCGUCGUUUUGUCAUGCAUUCAAACAAAAGAGAGGGCGAGGGCGACGGUGAGGGAGGGGUAUCAGUAACUUGUGCACGGUCAUAUUUAUCGCGAGGAAAGUUCCCCCUCCCCAUACUGCGCAGAUAUAUUUUUGGAAAUUUGUGAUGCCGGUUUGUGGUCAGAAAUCGUGUCUGUCUUGCAAGAAGGGAGGCCCAGACGCGGUCUGUGAUGCUUUUGAGCCUACAGCAUCGACUGUGGUCAUGCUGAGCUCCUAGGCCAAAACCUCUGCACUCAGGCUUGAUAUGGGCCUGUAGUCCUCUACUGCACGACAAAUCUGGUUUGUGUACGAAAAUCCAGCAUCAGAAACUUCGUCUUGAUAUGGUGGGAGAGAAGACAUGCGUGCAAAUGUCGACAACGACAUCGUCGAGUACACUGCUUGCAUCUACAGCACCACUCGGUUUGUUAUUUCACUCAUUUAUCUUCUUCUUCUUCGUGCUUUUCAUCUUCAGCUUGUUAUUGUGAACAAGGAAAUUUGUCGGAAUUCGGAAAACGUCAGCGCUUGUCGCCGGUGCUGUUUAUCAUCUUGAAGUUCAUAUUUUUCGUAAUCCGGUUGAGAAUUUGAGAGCUUCUAGUAACGGUUCAAAAACAGCAUUACAGAUUCAGAAAAAGUUCAGAAGUGUCUUGCUGUCGCACCCUACCGCGACGCUCUUUGAGCGGUGCUUCUCAUAUCUAUGUAUUUCCCUGUUGUUGAAGAAGAGAUUUUUAUUUUUAUAUUUCCACAAAAGAAAACUAACCUUUGCCACGACCUGGGGCGGUCGGUGCUGUGCGUAAAAACGUAAAAUGUGCGACGGUUUGCCGGUACAGCAAUACAAAUUUUGUGCGUGUCAUCUUCUUCAUCGUCUUCACGUUCUUUGUCCUUCAGCGCGUUUUCUUUCUUUCAGCGAAACGAAAAACCAUCGGUGGACAAAACUUGCAUGUACAGCUUUUUUCACAGAGAGAUCGCGAAGAGCAACAUCAUCGGAUCGUGAAGAACAGCACUAUAACUUCAUUUUCAAAAUGUCGGUCGCCAGAGAACGGAAGUAGAAAUAUAAGUAAGCGCAAUUCUAAAAACAAAUAUCUUUGUGCCAGCACCAGAGCCAUCUCGUCUUCAUCAUCAUUAUCAUCUUCUUUCUUUUUCUCCUCGGGCGGGUUUGCCAAUCGUUCGGUUCAAAAUUCGGUGUAGUAACUGUGCUGUACUGAAGUUAGUGUUUGCAAAACCCCUUCUGUAUCUCGUGAAGUUGAUCUUUCAGUCGCAGAAUACCUAAGGCGGUGGUGAGAUCGGCAGGUGGUCGAGGUUUCUCCGGAAGCAGGCCCGGAUGUAACGCGCCCGAUCCAUCUGGUUGGCAGCCCACUGCUGUCCGUUGUUGUCGUUCUGCACUGCUGCGUUUUUCCGGUCGUCAUGGAUGCGGCCGAGGAUGGUGGUCAGACGCGCCAAAGAUAGAUUUUGGAGCUUCUCGGCGAUGCUGUUGUUCCCCGCCGCGGCGAACUGUGUGUCGUUCCGCGCCUGUGGAGACAGAAUCGAAAAAAUCCAUCCCUUCUGGUAGUCGUCGUCCACGUUCCCAGCGCCCCAGUGCACGUCAACGGUGUCAACCCGCUGCACGAUAGGUGCGCCGUUGAUACCCGCUGGGGGGGCAGGUUGUAAGUUUUGGUUCGCGGCGGGAGCGGGGGGUCCACCUGCACCACCGGCUCCUCCUCCACCAGCAACUCCUGCACCGCCAGCACCUCCUCCACCAGCAGCUCCUGCACCACCCGCAAUUCCUCCUCCGCCUCCGCCUCCGGCCGGCGGAAUAGGUCCGAAUCCUCCUGGCGGCGCGCCCGCACCUCCUCCGAAUCCUCCUCCUAGUCCCGGCGGGGGGCCGGCCAUGCCAACCGGAUAAACCUGUUGCUGUUGCGGGUACACCUGUUGGUGCGGUUGGUUUGGGUACAUCUGCUGCUGCUGAUGCAUCUGCUGCUGCUGAUGCAUCUGUUGCUGUUGGUACAUCUGCUGCGGCUGGUAGUACUGGUGCGGGAAUUGGUUUUGCUGUUGGAUCAUGCAUAGCAAUUUUUUGUGCAGCUUCUCGUGAGCCGCCACAACCAUGCUUUCCUCCAUGCAGACGAAGGCAUAUUUGCAAUCCAUAAAAGCUCCCGUCCUAUGAUUUUUGCUUCGCUACGGAAGCGGAGGCCAACG